AGCAGAACUGCCACUAGUGUCCCGUGUCCUGGCUCCACCCGGUGGCUGACCCUGUUGCUGAGUAGAAAUAGUUUGCGUACAACUGUUCAGUUCAGAUCUAUGGGUCCAGGUCUCCGGGCCAUGAGAAAGUGUUGUGUAAAGAGCUCGUGGGAGAGAAUAGCAAUGUAGAUGGAAAAAGAGUGCCAGUCUGUUGAGAUUUUGAAGGAAACUUUCUGUUGACUGGGAAGUAUCUUGUUUUGUUUUUAAAACUCCGGUCACUCUCACGUGCAUCGAGUGUUUGAAAAGAGAGCUACGCUGGAUCUGCAACUCCUCUGAUAUGAGUAUUUGGUACACCUACUGUGAUAACAUGAAGUCCCCGAUUUCAAUAAAUCUUGAACCCUGUAUCGAACUGAAGGGAACCAGCGGUCAUUUGCACAUGCUCUUCGUUCCAAGAAGAGAUAUAAAAAAAUUAUAUUUCAACCUCUAUCUAACUAUGAACUCUCUGGAGUUUCCAAUGCGUAAAGAGGUUAUUUGCCGAGGAUCUGAUGAUGACUAUUCUUUUUGCAGAGCUCUGAAGGGAGAGACUGUGAAUACAACAGUAUCAUUCUCCUUCAGGGGAAUGCGAUUUCCUAAGGGACGAUACAGAUGUAUUGCAGAGGCCGUCGUUGGGAAUACUGAAGAAGCGCUCUUUUGUUUGAAUUUUACCCUCUUACACCAACCUAGUUUCAACUAGAAUAAAUCGAGUCUCUUUUUAUUUUUAGAAUAAAUUGAGUAUAUUUUUAUUUUUCAAA